AUGAAGGUCGCCAUCCUCAGCUUUGGCAUGAAUAUGUUCAAAAAGUUUCACCGGGUGAAUGUCACAAAUGGUCAGAGUUUCUAUAGCGUCUACCCCAAAGACUUCAAGUUCUUUUCGGUAAAUUUGAUCAGUGGUGGUAGGAACGGGGCAAAUGGACAAGAUGACUUUAUGCUUCUUGAAGGUCCUCUAACAGUGCAGUUGGGGAAUGAUGCCUUUGACUGCAGUCACCCCUUACCUCCUGGUUCUAAACAGUACUUUGAGCAUCUCCACAGCAUAGGGGUGACCCAUUUUAAAGUUCCUCUCUCAUGGGCUCAACUCGUCCCCACAGGUCACCCCAGCCAUUCACAGCAAGCUGUGGUCAAGUGUUAUCAGGCCUUGCUGAAGCAACUGCUGGAUGUGGACCUUCAGCCUCUCCUCAUCCUUCAUGGAUCAACAGUUCCAGAAUCUCUAAAGUCAAAGUUUGGAGGCUGGGAGAGUGAGAGGCUUUUAGAAGCCUUCCAGCAAUAUGCCGAGUUUGCGUUCCAGGAGUUUGGAGCUCUGGCACGCUCAUGGGUAAUACUGAGUGACUUGGGUGAUGUCUGGAAUGAGGCGGUGAAUGCUCCGAGUCUUCUGCAAAAUAUCCUCGAGCUGAACAAGAAUAUUCAUCAGAUCUACCAUCAACGCUUUCCUGGAAAAGACCUAGCUUGUGACAGUUAUAACAAGGUGGUAUAUGACCUUUAUCUGCUUCGGGGUCUACAAGUCAACACCUACCAGUUUUCUAUCUCCUGGGCUCGUAUUUUCCCGAAUGGCCACAGAGGGAGCCAAUCAGAGAAAGGGGCUCUCUACUAUGAAAAACUGAUAAAUGCACUCAUUGAAAAUGGUAUACAACCUGUUGCUACUCUCUACCACUGGGAUCUGCCGCAGGCCCUCCAGGACAACGGCGGAUGGAACAACACUUCCAUUGUUGAAGCUUUCAAGGACUAUGCUGACUUUUGCUUCUCCAGGUUCGGAGACAGGGUCAAGACCUGGAACACAUUCAGCAGCCCUUGGGUGGUGAGCCAUGCUGGGCAUGGCACUGGUGAGCAUGCCCCUGGAGUAAAAGAUUAUGCAUUUUCUUCAUAUCAGGUCACUCAUAAUAUCCUCAAGUCCCAUGCUGAGGCCUGGCAUGUCUACAAUGACAAGUACAGAAAUACACAGGGUGGGAAAGUGGGCAUUGCCUUAAAUUCUGACUGGGCUAUGCCCAUGAAUGAGACUAAUCUCGAAGAUGCAGCGGCUGCUGAUCGCUACCUGCAGUUUAUGCUGGGAUGGUUUGCACAUCCUAUAUUUGUGAAUGGUGAUUAUCCUGCAGCACUUAAGACUCAGAUCGAACAGAAAAAAAAUGAGUGUCCCAGCUCUGUACCAGCAGUACUUCCAGUUUUCACUCCUGAAGAGAGCAAGAGGAUACAGGGAACUGCAGAUUUUUUUGGUUUAAACCAUUAUACAUCCCGUUUGGUUAGCAGCACUGAAGGUGGAUGCAUCGCAGGGCCCUCAGGCGUGGGAGACUUCCAGGCUCAUGUGGACCCCUCUUGGCCAUCUACAGCAUCUGACUGGAUUUACUCCGUGCCUCAGGGACUUCGGCACCUUUUAAACUACAUUUCAAAAGAAUAUUUGAAUACUUUGAAAGUGCCUAUAUACAUAACUGGGAAUGGGAUGCCAACAGUGGACAGUGGGGACACCCUUAAUGACACCAGCAGAGUGGAGUACAUGCGGGAUUACAUCAAUGAAGCCCUGAAAGCCAUAACCAUGGAUGGAGUUGAUGUGCAGAGAUUUACAGUGCAGUCACUCAUGGAUGGGUUUGAGGGAAAACAAGGCUACAGCCAGAGAUUUGGUCUUCACCACGUUAACUUUGAGGAUGGAGGGAGACCAAGAACCCCAAAGCAAUCUGCAUACUUCUAUGCUCAGGUUAUCAAGCAAAAUGGUUUUGGACCAAACAAACACAGCGAUUUUCAAGGCUUAAAAAUACCAUUUACACGCCGCUCCACCACUCUUGCACCCUCCGAGGUUCCAUCUAAAUCAAUGGUCGUUUGGGAAAAGUUCUCCCGCCAGUCAAAAUUUGACCGACAAAUGUAUCACUAUGGCACUUUUUCACAAGAUUUCAUCUGGGGAGUGUCAUCCUCAGCAUACCAGAUAGAAGGAGGCUGGAAUUCUGAUGGAAAGGGACCCAGUGUUUGGGAUAAUUUUACUCAAAUACCUGGUAAUAUUCCUGAAAAUGCCAAUGGAAAUGUUGCUUGUGACAGUUAUAACAGACUGGAGGAAGACUUUUACAUGUUGCGAGCUCUCAGGGUGAAGUCAUAUCGAUUCUCUUUGUCUUGGUCCAGGAUCUUUCCUGAUGGCCGUCGUUCUUCCCUGAACCAGAAAGGUGUCGACUAUUACAAUAGACUCAUUGAUGGCCUCUUAGCACAUAAUAUCACCCCUAUGGUGACACUUCACCACUGGGACCUCCCUCAAGCUUUGCAAGACAUUGGUGGCUGGGACAAUGUCGGCAUGAUUGACAUCUUUAAUGACUUUUGUGACUUCUGUUUUUCCACCUUUGGCAAUAGAGUAAAAUUCUGGAUUACCUUUAAUCAGCCUCAAACAAUUGCAUGGUUGGGCUAUGGACUUGGGCAGAUCCCUCCAAAUGUUAGGGAUCCAGGAACUGCACCUUACAAAGUUGCACACAACCUAAUUAAAGCUCAUGCUAAGGCCUACCACACUUAUGACGACAAGUAUCGUGCGUCCCAAGGUGGUCUAAUAUCCAUUGCUCUCAAUGCUGACUGGUAUGAACCAAAAGAUAUCAAUGUCCCCCGUGACGUUGUGGCUGCUGACCGUGCACUGCAGUUCCAGCUUGGUUGGUUUGCACACCCUAUUUUCAAAAAUGGUGACUAUCCUGAUGCAAUGAAAUGGCAAGUUGGUAAUAAAAGUGAACUUCAAGGUCUUGCACAGUCAAGGCUUCCAUCCUUCACGAACGAGGAAAAGAACUUCAUCAAGGGAACCGCUGACCUGUUUUGCCUAAAUCACUAUACAACGAAGAUAAUUAGUCAUAUUACAGGUUUGCUUUCUCCCAAGUCCUAUGAAAAUGACUGGGACUUUUUAGAAGCAGAGGAGCGUGAUUCACCAGUUACCGCCAUCAAAAACCAAAGAGCUGUAUCAUGGGGCAUGAGAAGACUCCUCAACUGGAUCAAGGAGGAGUAUGGAGAUCCAAAUAUUUUUAUAACUGACAAUGGUGUAGCCACAGAGGGAAAAACCACUUGGGAAGACACUCCCAGGGUAUUUUUUUACAAGACCUAUAUUGAUGAGGUUCUAAAAGCUUAUGAACUUGAUGGAGUGAGGGUAAAAGGCUAUAUGGCAACCUCUCUCAUGGAUUGUUUUGAGUGGUUGCAUGGCUACCAGGUUCAGUUUGGGCUGCACCAUGUGGAUUUUAACAACCCAAAUCAGCCAAGAACACUCAAGUACUCAGCCUUUUUCUACUAUCAAGUCAUGAAGGAGAAUGGUUUCCCCACACCGGAUGAUGAUGAGAUGCAAUUUGGACAUUUCCGAAAGGAUUUCAUUUGGAGUACUGCAACAGCUUCAUACCAGAUUGAAGGAGGAUGGAGAGCGGAUGGAAAAGGUCUCAGCAUCUGGGACAAAUUUGCUCACACUCCCCUUAAAGUGUUCAAUGAUGAUAACGGGGACAUAGCCUGUGACAGUUAUAAUAAAGUUGAGGAGGAUGUUGCAAUACUAAAACAACUUCAGGUGAAUCAUUAUCGUUUCUCCAUAUCAUGGGCAAGAGUGCUUCCUGAUGGCACCACCAGUUACAUCAAUGAGGCUGGACUUGGCUACUACGUUAGACUGGUGGAUGCACUGAUUGCUGCAAAUAUCCAGCCACAUAUCACUCUGUACCACUGGGACCUUCCACUAGCACUACAGAAAAUCGGAGGUUGGGAGAAUGAAACAAUUGUGGCCAGAUUUAAGGAUUAUGCUGACCUAAUAUUUAGCCGUCUUGGUCACAAAGUUAAACUUUGGAUAACCAUUAAUGAACCCUACAAUAUAGCAAUGGUGGGCCACGGCUACGGAGUUGCUGCUCCUGGAAUUAGUUUCCGGCCUGGCACUUUACCAUACAUUGUGGGUCACAACCUUAUUAAAGCUCAUGCUGAGGCCUGGCACCUCUACAAUGACAAGUACAGGGCUGAACAGAAAGGAAGGAUCUCAAUCACUAUCAAUUCUGACUGGUCAGAACCCAGAAACCCCCACAAGCAGGAGGACAUUGAUGCUGCGCGGCGUGUAGUGCAGUUCUACAUCGGCUGGUUUGCCCAUCCUAUAUUUAAUGGGGACUACAGCAGUGUGAUGAAAACAAUCAUUCAGAAGCGCAGUCUUGCUGCUGGUUUGCCUAAAUCCAGACUACCUGAGUUUACCCCUGAGGAGAUUAAAAGAAUUAAGGGGACCUAUGAUUAUUUUGGGUUCAACCAUUAUACCACUGUCCUGGCAUUCCCUUCAAACUUUGGAAACCUUCAGCAUUAUGAUGCAGAUAGGGGUGCAGGGACAGUUGUUGAUCGCACCUGGCUGGACUCUGGUUCUGGUUGGUUGAAAGUAACACCUUUUGGAUUCCGUAAAAUACUGAACUUCAUCAAGGAAGAGUAUGGAAAUCCCCCGAUAAUCAUCACUGAGAACGGCGUCUCUGAACGGGGACUUGUUGAUUUAAAGGAUUCCCUCAGAAGUUACUUCUAUGAGAAAUAUAUCAACCAGGUGCUGAAAGCUUACUUGCUUGAUGGUGUGGACAUCCGGGGCUACACGGCUUGGUCACUGAUGGACAAUCUGGAGUGGGCCACAGGCUUUUCAGAAAGAUUUGGACUUUUUUAUGUCAAUCGUUCAGAUCCUAAUCUGCCUCGAGUGGCCAAGAAUUCUGUGUCCUUCUUCAAAAGCAUCAUAAACUGCAACGGAUUCCCAGACCCAGCAUUAGGACCUCAUGAAUGCUUGAGCCCAAGCCCCGAAGCCACAACAACACAAGCAACAAGUACCAGCGCACAAACAACAAGUUCUUCAACUGCCAGUGUUGUGGAGUUCCUGGGUAGGAAACUCUCGCAACAAGUGCAUCGGUUACAGAAGACUGUGAAAUUCCUGGGUAUGGAGCUCUCAGCCAGUGAUGCAGAGACAGGACUUAACACCACAUUUGCUCUGCUGAUUAUUGCAGUUUUUGGAGUUACAUGUUUAUCUGUUUGUUUAUUUGUAAAGAAGAGGGAUAAGCAAUCAUAUGAACAUUGA